AUGGUCACUGCUGGCGGCUUUUGUGCUCUAAUUAUCUUACUCCUUCUCGCCCCAACUGCUUUCACCACCCUCCCCCCUUCAUGCCUGCUGCCUCUGUAUCCGUCGCAAUCUGGUGGGGCGCGUGCUGCUUGGGAAGCAUCAAACGCUUCCUUCCUCUGUAACCGGACUGGACCCCUCUCCUCCUUCUCCCCUGCGUCCUCCAGCAACCUGGUGGAUGCGUGCUGUCUAGCAGCAGUGGCAGCGCUGCUGGCGUUCCGCCGGCCAGAAGUGACAGUGGGGGGGGACGAUGGCAUGCAAGUGGUGGUGCACUCAGUGGAGGUGAGCGGGUCGAACGUGCUCUCUGCCCACUCUUCCUCGUCCGUCCCUUCUCCCCUCCCAGCAGCGAGAAUCCUUACCCCUCAUAGUGCACUGCACAACCUGGCUCUCGCGGUGCACAACCUGCCUCUCGCUGUCACCUUCACCUUCAUCUACCCACCCUCUGCCUCUCUGCUCUCCUCUGCUCCCCCCCUCACAACCACCCCCCUCCCCCCCCAGGAGCGCGACCCCAUACCCCUCACAGUGCACAACCUGCCCCUUGCUGUCACCUUUGCAUACUUCAACGAUGGCAAUGACGUGGUGCGUCAUGGGUGUGCCAUGAGUGGUGCGUGA